UGUAACCCUAAAUCGAUAAUUUGGACUACAAAUUAACUUGAGUAAAAACUGCAAUGGCACUCCAUCUCUGUAGUUUUCCUUUGCCUCGUUUACAGGUCCAGGUACAAAGAGCACAGGAUGGCGUUUCGAUAAGUCGAAAAGUUAUGUGUUGCGUGACAGCGACUACACCAACCUCCCGUGGUAGACUAUCUGCAAAUUACCAGCCGACUAUUUGGGAUUACAGUUUUGUGCAGUCUCUACGGGCUGAUGACGUGGAUGAAGAAUGCGAAAACAAAGCGCAGAAACUGGAGGAGGAGGUGAGGUGUCUGCUGAACAAUAAAAAUGCAGAGUUGUUGAGCAUUCUUGAAUUGAUUGACGAUAUUCAGCGACUUGGUUUAGGAUACCGAUUCCAUAAGGACAUAAAGAUAGCUCUUGAAAGAAUUUGUAUGUCUGGGGAAGAAUCUGAUGAUGAUGCCAAAGCAGAAAACAAACUUCAUUCUACUGCUCUAAGAUUCAGGCUCCUUAGACAACAUGGUUGUCACAUUUCUCAAGAUGUCUUCAAGAUUUUCGUUGAUCAAGAAGGCAAUUAUAUGAAAUACUUGGAGAAGGAUGUCAAAGGAUUGCUAAGUUUGUAUGAAGCUUCGUGUCUCGCCUUUGAAGGAGAAAAACUUUUAGAUGGAGCUAAAACCUUCGCACUAACACAUCUCACUCAAUUAAAGAGAGAAAUUGAUCCAAUCAUAUCAGACUUUGUUACUCAUGUUUUAGAGAAUCCGUUGCAUCAUAGAAUGCAAAGGUUGGAAGCUCGGUGGUAUAUUGAAGUCUAUAGUAAAAGAAAUGACGCAAAUUAUUUGCUACUUGAAUUUGCCAAGCUUGAUUUUAAUAGGGUGCAAUCAAUAUACAAAAAUGAACUUAAAGAUAUGUCAAGGUGGUGGCAAGAAAUUGACCUAGCAAACAAGUUGAAAUUUGCUAGGGACAGAUUGAUGGAAUGCUUUUUUUGGACAGUUGGAAUGAUCCCAGAUCCACAAUUUAGUAAUUGUCGUAAGGGAUUGACAAAACUAACUUCAUUUAUAACGAUCCUUGAUGAUAUCUAUGAUGUAUAUGGUUCUUUAGAUGAAUUGGAGCUUUUUACAGAUGCAGUUGAAAGAUGGGAUAUCAAUUGUGUGAAUCAACUACCAGACUAUAUGAAAUUAAGCUUCCUAGCACUCUACAACAGUGUUAAUGAGAUGGGUUAUGACACUCUAAAGGAACAAGGAGUGAAUAUUAUUCCAUCCCUUACAAAAGCGUGGCAAGACACGUUCAAAGCAUUUUUAGAAGAAGCAAAAUGGAGUUACAACACAUACACACCAACAUUUGAAGAAUAUCUAGACAAUGCAUGGCUAUCUGUAACAGGGACACUCAUUCUGGUUCAUUCAUACUUUUUAUUGAAUCAAGAUAUCACCAAGGAAGCAGUUAACUCUUUAAAAAAGUAUCAUAAUCUAUUGCGUUGGCCAUCCCUUAUUUUUCGACUUUGCAAUGAUUUAAGUACUUCAAAGGCUGAGGUAGAGAGAGGUGAAACUGUAAAUUCAAUAUUAUGCUAUAUGAAAGACACAGGUUCGUCGGAGGAAGUUGCUCGUGAAUAUAUAAAGAAGCUUAUUGAGAAAACUUGGAAACAGAUGAAUGAGGAGCUAAGUGGAAAACAUCCAUUCUCAGAAGCUUUUGUAGAAACAGCUAUUGGUCUUGCUCGAAUAGCCCAUUGCACAUACCAAAAUGGAGAUGGACAUGGAGCUCCAGAUGUUGGAGCCAAGAAAAGAGUCCUAUCAGUAAUAAUUGAUCCCAUUUAACUCAUACAUAGACAAGUAACAUCACAAUUAAUAAGUUUAAUAGGAAUAGUACUCACACCCAAAGAUUCAAGCACACCGAGUCAGUGUACUUGAAUUUGCCGGCGUGACUACUAUUCCGUCGACCUUUAGAAUUUUGUUUUAAGUUAAGAUAUUUGUAUAUGAAACCAUGGAGAUUUUGGCUAUACUAUUGUAUAAGCAGGAAUUGGUUAGUAAAACAUCAUGUAAUGAGUUGUGAUGUUGCAAUGUGCCGUGGCAUUUGGAAUAUGCAUGAUCUUAGUAUGACAAUUACUAUAUAAUUCUAAAAGGUUUUGAUCAAA